AUGGAGGAUUACAGUAUUUACACACUUCCAGUAAAGGUGGUGUUGGGCAUACUGUCCAGCGUGGUAUCACUAUGCUGCAUCCUUGGAAAUUUGCUGGUGUUAUUCGCUUUUUGUGUGGAUAGGGGAGUACGCAGCUCGAAUAAUUACUUCAUCAUCUCUCUUGCCGUUACUGAUCUGACCAUUGGAUUGAUUUCUCUCAAUCUUCUUAUUCUCUACCUCCUCCUGGGCUAUUGGCCGUUGGGAAAUUUCGUCUGCGAUUGCUGGCUUGCCAUCGAUUUUACCGCUUGUCUGGUCUCUCAGGUGACAGUCUUCUUGAUCACGCUGGAUCGUUUCAUGUCUGUCAAGUUUCCCGUCAAAUAUCGAAAUUGGCGAUCAGAUAACAAGCUUAGGGUGAUGCUGGCACUGAGUUGGAUUCUGCCAGCUUCCCUGUGGAUUCCUUUGGUAUUUGCGUGGUACCAGAUGACGGGACAACCGAGACCACCCUCCGACCAAUGCAACGUUCCCUUUACGCAUUACACAGCCUUCAACACCAUCCUUACCAUCUCUUACUUUUGGAUUCCUCUCUGCUUUAUGGUCUCCCUCUAUGUGGGGAUAUACAGGACAGCCGUGGGUCUACAUCAAAAGGUGCAUGAAACGCAUCGUGGAUUAGCUGAUCUUGUUCUGAUGGCUGGAACUACCAUGUCAAAGAUUGGACUAUCAGUUAAGGUGGCAGAACCACAUAACCGCCCCAAACCAGGCCCUCUACCUGAGAAGAUUGUAGAACAAUCGAACUAUUCGGUGUCACGACAGUCCGAUGUAAAAGAGGCAAAUCAACCUUAUAAGACUGACAAAAGCGUGAACAAACAAGUGAACAUGAAUAACUCCUCACCUCAGCUGCAAGCUGAGCAUCAAACAGAAUUCAUUGACUCCGGUCUGGGCGAGUCAAACAACAUGCGCACAACCUCGGAUUUGGGUUUAGGAUGUAAGCGGAGGUCCAGUUCGUUGAGUCUCGAAAUGCCCGAGUUCUGUGAUCACUAUCGCUGCAUACUAUCGCCUAAUGCACCUCCCAGCAGAGCCUCUUCCGUAUUCUCGGAGUGUGAUGAUCCAUGGACACGACAAAAUGGAUCAAAGUCCUCGUUUAGGUUCGAGGACCAUUGCAAAGAGACUCGUAAGCACAAACAGGAGGGCACCAACAGCGCUGUAGACACGACCGAAAAUACAAGCGACACACGACAGGCACUUCCGUCACACAAAGAAGGGAAAAGAAGUAGGUUAACAGUGCCCUCGUUCUUGCGGUCAAGGUUAAAAAUUGCAAACUCCAAACGCAAGGAAUCGUCCUCUUUCGCAAGAACCGAAAAUAGUUCAACCGAUUCUGUGAAGCAGCAAUAUAAUAACCCUAAUAAUAAUAAUAACAAAAACAACACCAAUAAUGACACCAAAUCCCGCAAAAAUGUGUUCAAUCAAAGCAGCAUUCGAGACCGAUUCAUUUGGUUCCAAAAUCAGAAGAGUGUAGAGAAGGGGAAGGUGGAACGUCGAAAGCGGAGACGGGCACGCAAGGCUCUGCGUAUGAUCAGUUUCAUUUUGGGAGCCUUUGUAAUAUGUUGGACGCCUUAUCACAUUAUUAUACUAAUUAAGGGAUUCUGUGACAUUCCGAGUCAGAAUUAUUCAUGCAUUAAUGUGCAUUUGUAUAAUUUUGCCUACUACAUGUGCUACAUGAAUUCGCCCAUCAAUCCCUUCUGCUACGCGAUGGCCAAUAUUGCAUUCAAACGAGCUUUUAUACGCAUUCUGAAUGGCGAUUUUCGAAUAACAUGA